CCCCAGCCUAGCCCACAGUCCACCGCAGAGCCCAAAACCCUAACCCCCCACCCCACCUCCCAACUAUUAAAGCCUCCGCCCCAAGAAAUCCGGCGCACGCUCGCCCCUCUAUCCCGUCAUCUCUUUCCUCCCCCCCUCGGCGCAGCAACAGAGAGAUGGCGGCGGUGGCGACGACGACGGCGGUCCACGGGAGCCAGGCGGCCGGCGCGCUGGCCGUCGCCGCGCAGAGGCUGCUGCUUCUCCUCGCUCUCGUGAUUGAAGCUGUAAACAAUGGAGCAGAUAUCUUCACUGAAGACCAGCAAGAAAUUAUCAAGCAAUUUGGCAGAAUCAAAUCCGAGACUGUUCCUGAGAACAAGGAUGCAGGGUCUGAUGACGAUGAUGACGAUGAUGAAGAUGAGGAUGAUGAAACUGGUGAUGCUGAUGAUGAUGAUGCCGAUGCUGGAGAGGACUUCUCGGGUGAAGAAGGCGAGGACGAUGACGAGGAUGAUGACCCUGAGGCGAACGGCGACGACGCUGGCGCGGGGAGCGAUGAUGAUGAUGGUGACGACGACGAUGAUGAUGGUGAAGACGGCGAGGACGACGAUGAUGAUGACGAGGAUGAGGAUGAGGAGGACGAGGAAGAUGAGGACCAGCCACCGGCCAAGAAGAAGAAAUGAUCUGCCUUCCUGCUGUCAGUGUUUCAGUCCGUUAGUUUAUCUGCUGUCUAGAUGUUGAUUGAGCGGGUCUGGUACACACCGACCUAUGUAGCUUCUGUGUCUUGGUGGUUUGGUGUCUCAUAGGGUAGAACAUUGAACUUCUAAUGUUGUUUCCUGCGUUGUGCAAGUAGUCUUAACAUUUCGGUGUUGAUGUGCUGUGUUUAUUGGAGCUGUGAUACCAUUCAAUCUAAUUCUUGUUACUCCA